AUGCAACGAAUAUGCGACGGUCUUAUCAAAGGAAGAAAAAACACCGGUAUGUGGAAUGGGGACGGGCUGGAGUACGGGAGAUUUAAGCUGCUUAAAGCGACAGAUUCUAAGACAUUAUUCAUAUUGAUGGGUAGAAUAGCGUUGCAGGUGGUAAAAUAUCGUCCACCAUGGAUAUUAAUUAUGGCAAGCAGCACCGAUCAGAGGCCAUCCUUUAUGCAGACACGUCUUCUUCAACGUUCCCAUAGUUCUUUUGCACCGAGGAAGAGUCCCUUGACAGAUUGCAAUGGAAAAUCUGGGACUGGACAAUCAAAGUCAGUUCUCGUCGGAAGCGAGAAGGUAGGUCCGGAAUUAAUACAAGGCAGGAAGAAAUACUCUCCGAUUAUUUUAAAACAAACAAAAUAUUCACCGACAGGGACGAAGUUCGCAGCUAGAAUGGUUACACGAACUGCCAAGUUACGAAGUUUUAUCGAUAUCGUACCGCCUGCUCCGAUAAUUAUUCCGAAUUUGCCAAGAGAUGAGGCGGAUGUUGUUGUCGAUUUGAAUAAGGACGACAUUUCACGGGUUUUGGAGAAUUUCGCUAGAAGACCUUUGGUUCGGGAAUUAUCUGAGCAGAAUAAUGUAAAUAGAAAAAUGUUCCAUGCAGCAUAUAAAAGUUUUCGGAACUACUGUUUACAUGCAUCACCGUUAGAUCCGUGUAUUGCUAUUGUAAUCAGUGAUAUUCUGAACAAAGCACGUGAUGUUGACAGCAUAUACCCGUACUUUAUCGAGCAUGCCAAAAGAGUGUAUCCACAUUUGGAAUGCGAAAAGGAAUUGAAGACUUUAAGUGAUCUGACUAAACCAUAUAAUUGGUAUCCAAAAGCUAGGGAGUUAUUCAGGAGAAUACAUUUUCACGCAGGACCAACUAAUAGUGGAAAAACGUAUGAAGCAUUGCAACUGUUCUAUAAAGCCAAAACAGGUUUUUAUUGUUGCCCAUUAAGGUUACUUGCCAGCGAGGUGUGUCAAAAAACUAAUGAACAAGGUAUCAAAUGUGAUAUGGUUACUGGUGAAGAACGGCGAUACGCAGUUGAUGCUGACAGCCCCUCAUCCCAUGUUUCCAUGACUGUUGAAAUGGUGCCUGUUGAUGUGAAUGUGGAAGUGGCCGUGAUUGAUGAAAUUCAGAUGUUACGUGAUCAGAGUCGUGGUUGGGCUUGGACAAGAGCUUUACUGGGUAUUGCUGCGGAAGAGGUUCAUCUUUGUGGCGAAGAAGCAGCAAUCGAUAUUGUACGCAGUUUACUGGAUCCCAUUGGAGAACAUGUAGAAGUACAUCAUUAUGAAAGGAAAACUCCUCUUACUAUAAAUAAAGAGGCCUUGAAGAAGCUUGAUAAUGUUCAGGAUGGUGACUGUUUAGUAUGUUUUUCGGUUGCUAGGUUAUUUUCGGUAGCUAAAAGCCUAAUGAAAUUGGGCGUGCAACCGACCGUGAUAUAUGGGGCAUUGCCACCGUGGACAAAACUGAACCAAGCGAAAACAUUCAAUGAAAUGAGUCGGAAGCCCAAUGUAAUGGUUGCAACCGACGCUGUUGGAAUGGGUCUUAAUUUAAAUAUUCGCAGAAUCAUAUUUGUGCAGUUUCCCUUUGGUGAACAUCAAGCAAACUACCAUGUCAUGCAAGUCGCUGGACGUGCUGGUCGCUUCCAGUCUGCCUAUCAAAAAGGAUGGGUAACGACUUUACGACCAACAGAUAUGCUGUUGUUAGAGACAUUCAUGAAAGAACCCAUCAAACCAAUUGAAACUGCCGGUAUUGUGCCAACUUCUGAGCAGUUGGAAACCUUCUCAUAUCAUCUUCCUCAUGCUUCAUUUCUCAGUAUUAUCGAUAUGUUUAUAUCAAUCAGCUCUCUGAGCAAGAAGUUCCAUUUAUGUGACAUCGAACAGUUCCGAAAACUGGCCGAACUCAUAGAUGAUAUUCCAUUGAGUAUAAAGGUUAAAUAUGCUUUCUGCACUGCUCCAGUAGAUAUGGAAGUAGAUAAUGGUGUUGCCCGAACAUGUUUCGUGCGCAUAGCUCGGAGGUUCGCUGAAGGGCAAGCAAUAAAUUAUAAUUGGUUUUGUGAAAUAAUCCAGUGGCCGUUACCUAAGCCAAUCAGUGUUACAAUGCUUUUGGAUAUGUGUAAACUAUAUAAUUUAAUCGACCUUUAUCUUUGGCUCAGUUAUAAAUUUCCGGAUAUGUUUCCGGAUCGAGAAAGAAUACGCUUGCUGGGAAAACUGAUUGAAAGCUAUAUAAAUGAAGCACUGCUAGCAAUGUCUGAUAUAACAUCGAAUGAAGAGGAUGACUAUCUGGACGAAGUGAACGAUCAAGGUAAUUUUUAUUGCUUGUUAACAAUGAGUGCUUGCUUGAUUCUGUUUGAAUGGUGUUCACGUUGCUGCGGUUACCAAAUUAGUAUCGAUUAG